CUCCGGACAAACGAAGGAGAAAACAACUGAGAAAAUCGGAAUGAAUCGCUGUACAAGGAUGGCUACCUCAACUUACUGUAUGUUAAGAAGAAAUAUCAGUUACAGCUUAACAAACAGAGCAAUACUAAUGCAACAGCUACGACGGUGGUAUCAUCCCCCUCCAGCAAUUGCAGCCAACUUUCAGGGUUUGCUUGUGGAUCUGCGCUCAGACACAAUAACAAAACCAACUUUAGGAAUGAAAAAAGCCAUGAUGGAUGCACUGCUUGGGGAUGACGUCUAUCGCGAAGAUCCAACUGUCAAAGAGUUGGAGAGAAGAAUGGCCAUUUACACAGGGAAAGAAGCUGCUUUAUUUGUGCCUUCAGGAACAAUGGGAAACCUUAUAGCUGUCCUUGGCCACUGCGAGAAUCGAGGCUGUGAGGUGCUCUUAGGAGAUCAGGCACACAUAUUCUUAUAUGAGCAGGCUGGCAUGGCACAGUUAGGUGGUGUACAGCCUCACAUUAUACCCAACCAACCAGAUGGAACAUUCGACGUCAGUGAAAUACCUGCCCGGGUUAGAGAUGAGGAUGUACAUUGUCCACGAACAGCCCUCGUGUGCAUUGAAAAUACCCAGAAUGUUUGUGGUGGGAAAGUAAUACCAUUAUCCUGGAUAGAUGAGGUUGGCAGCAUAGCAACAUCCAUUGGUAUUCCCCUUCACAUGGAUGGAGCGCGCCUGAUGAAUGCUGUGAUUGCAAGUGGGGAAAGUGCUUCUCGGAUAUUGCAAGCCUGUGAAACUGCAUCUAUAUGUCUGAGCAAGGGCUUAGGGACUCCUGUAGGAUCCGUGAUUGUGGGCAGUGAGGAGUUUAUGUACAAAGCAUUACGUCUUCGUAAAGUUUUGGGAGGCGGUAUGCGGCAAGCUGGAAUGCUGGCGGCAGCAGGACUAUAUGCCAUGGAUAACAUGAUAGACCGUUUAGCAGAUGACCAUAGACAUGCCCAGCAGCUGGCACAAGCAAUUGAUGGUAUGGGAAGCAGAUCUGUAAAGUGUAGCCCAGCUGAAGUGCAUACAAAUAUUGCUAUAGUACAUCUAGCUACAGAUAUCAUAACCCCAGAACAAUUCUGCAAGAGAUUGUUAGCAGUAGGUGAAGGAGAGAUUUCUGAAAUUGGGGAAGUGGCCAUCAAAGUCUUGCCGUGGACAUCAGAUUCUGUGCGCUUCGUGACACACUAUGAUGUAAAUAGUGAGGGUAUUGAAGCUGCAGUUACAAAGCUCAAGUAUGUUAUAAGUGAGAUUGAUAGUCAGUUGGAUUAGGCCAGGUGAGGUGAGUGACGUUGUUCUUUAAAAAAAGUAUAGGAAAGUAUACUAGGCAUAGGAAAUAAUGGGACAGGUUAUUUGGACAGUCACUUGCUAACAUUCAUAGAUGUAGGUAGGCAUAAGAUGUUUCAUUCUAAUUAAGAUUUAAUAUGAAUUUACAAUACAAUGAAAAGAGGUAUUUUUGUAAUUAUGAUACAAAAAAAUGUAUUUUUUUAUAAUGAGGUGUAUGAUAUUCUCUUGGUAUAUAAAAAAUGUAUAUUACAAUAUAGAUAAGUAAUAUUGAAAUUGUAUAUUAGAUUUUCUACUGGCAGAAAUUUGCUAACACUGUUGAAAAGGUUCUCAAAUGAUUUUACUGGUCAUUACAAGAAAAAUAUUGUGUGCCAUUGUUGUUUAGCAUUAUUUAGGUGUAAGAUAGUAUAGAAUAUAAUGUCUGAUAUUAAGGUAUGUUUCUGAGUGUUCAGAAAAAUGUGUAUAUAUGUUAUAUGUAUGUGAGAUGAAGAAUUUUGAAGUGAAAUGAACCAUAUUCCAUAUUUUGUAUUAGAAGAAAAUGUACUUAAAUGUAUCUAUGAUAUUCAUUUCACAUUCAGUUGUCCUGGAUACAGUUUACAAUAUAUUUUUGCCUCAUUGAACUUCCACAUUUUCUUGCAUUUUCACUUCUUUAUCCUUCUAUUUUUCUACCUUCCCUUGCUUUUCUGUUUAAUGUCUAGCAGUCUAUUUUCUUUUACACUUUAUCAUCUGAUUUGGACUCAGGUGGCCAUAAAACAUCUUGAGAUGUUUUAAGACCAAAUUUCUCUAAGGUUCCUUUUAUAGACAUAGUCAGUAUAUUGUUUGGAAAACAGAACAUACCAUCAGAAAGUUUUGCAGUGUAAUAGUGUAGCUGGUAUCUACAGAGUAUUUAUGUGUAAGUACCUACUAGUGUUAAGAUUGUAUCUGUUUCCUUUUCAGAUUUUGUUUUCAGUAAACCUACAUAUUAUUAACCCUGUUAUAUGUGUGUGUGUUUUUUUCUUAUGGUACUUAUCCUACCAAGCCCGUCCUUUUAUGAUUUAUUGUUUUCAUGAAUUAUCUUCAGUUUAUAAGAUUUAAUUUCCAUUCGGUAUGUAAUCAAUAUGUAACUGAUUAUAAUGCACUCUUAUUUUUACAGUAAUGGUGUAUAUUUUCAUAUUAUUUUACUCCCUAUGGAGAACUGAUUCAUUAAUUAACCACAUAUAAUGAGUAUAGAGAUUUUCAGGCAUCAAAGAAUGAAGAUAAAUUUGAUACAAACUGUAUCAUUUCUGUGCCUGAAAUCAUAUUACAUAAUUUUGAAUGUUAGCCUGAAUUUUUAUUUCUUUUUUUUCCAUCACAAGCUUUACUUCAUUAAGAGCAGUUAGCUAGGCUUUUAUCAUGAAAAGAGGGCAUAGUAAGGGGAAAAAUAACAUUUGAUUGUCACAAUAAUUCUGCUUAGUAGGUAUAUAAGUGUAAUUAUUGUUCUUGGUAAUUGCCUACAAAGGUGAGUUUUAGUUGAUAAUGAUGAAGGAAUCAGAAUAUUAUCAAUAUAUGAUCAUUGCUAUUGUAGUUAUCAAAUAUUCACUUGUGUUUGAAAUAUACUGAUAGGGUUUCAUUUGUUGAUUGUGAUAAUUUUGUUAAAAAAAGGACAAUAUUAUAUGAUUGUAUUAUAAAUUUACAUACAUCUCAAGGCUUUUUUUUGAGGUAGGAGAAUGUGUGUUAUAGUAAUAAAUAAUUAAUUGUUUAUUAAUAUAUCAUGUGUAGUGGAGGCAUGUUAGAAGGAGCUAGUUUAUUUGGUGCUCAAUAAAUUCAAGGUCUAAUAGUGUGUCAUAAUAUAAUAUAUUUCAUAAAAUGCUCACAGCCAGCAUGGUAUUAGAGUGUCCAGAGAUAUGUUAAUCAUUUGUGUCCUAUGUAAUGAGUUUCUGCUAUGUCUUUUGCUCAGUCUCCAUUUUGCUUAUAUAUAUAAUCCUCCUGUGCCCUUUUUUAUUAUUUGAUUUAAUUUAUUAUUG